AUGAGAGCGUCCGUCUUCAGUUGUAUGCGCCUCAUUGGCGCCGGCUUCCUCUUCUCGGGGGUGGCACGCGCCGCGAGCCUGGACGAUGAGGUUGCCCUCGUUGCGCAGAGGCAGCUGGCCAACGUCGCGCAGUUUCCGGAUCCGCCCUUGAUCGCGAACAUUGACAAGUGGUUGGCCGCCCAGAAGAGCGAUGGCACUUGGAGCGACGUCAAUUACCUCUCUGGCUGCGCAGCUCAACGUGCCAACUGGCCCAUCCAAGAGCACUGGAACCGUGUCAUCACCUUUGCAGCGGCAUGGAGCGGCGCGAACCCGUCCAUUGACGCAAAGUGGAAGGGCAGCGAGGACCUCAUGUCGGCCAUUUCCAAGGGCUUGGACUACUGGUUUGACAAUGACUACAAGCCUGCAGACUGCAUGGGCAACGGCGGAAAUGCCGGCUGCCCGUGCGGCACUCCUGGCCUGUGGAAUACCAACUGGUACGGCCAAGCGAUUCUGAUCCCGCAGCUCUGCUCCACCGCGUGCCUGCUGCUCAAGGACGCAAACCUCACCGAAUCGCAGAACGCUGGUUGCGCUCGCAUCCCGCGCCGCUCCUAUGACUUGAGAGACGGUAGUUACGGCACUGGCGGGAAGCUGACGGCAGCGAACGUCGUGCUCGUCAUGCAAAACUCGGUCAACCUGGCACUGUACACGAACAAUGCGACGAUGCUCGCCGAUGCCUACUCCAGGACCAUGAAGACCAUGACCUUUGCGGACACACCGAAACAAGAUGGCACGCACCGCGACGGCACAUUCCUGCAGCACGUCGGGAUCUUGUACAACGGCAACUAUGGCAAGGACUUUUUCAACGUCUUCAUUGCGCUGCAGAGCGCGGCCAUUGGCACAUCCUUUGCGGCUCCGGACGACACCCGUAGCGCCAUUGCCGCGCAGGCCAGGGGCAACGAAUGGAUGAUCUUUACCGACUACGAGACUCGAAGGGAGCAUUGGGACUUUAAUGCCAUCGGCCGGUUCGUGGCCUUUCCAGUCGUGGACAAGCAGGCCAGCGCCGACAUCAACUUCAAUACGUCGAAGCUCGCCGCCGCAACCAAAGACUUUACCGGCGCCAAUGACCUGAGCGACACAAUCAGGCGGCUUCAGUCCAACGGCACCGAGAAGCUUGUCGGCAACAAGGGCUUCUGGGCCAGCGACUACAUGGUCCAUCGUCGCAACUCGUUCAUCCUCACCAACAAGAUGCUGUCCGUGCGAUCGACCAACUCAGAGUCCGUCAACGGCGCAAACCCGUACGCCUUCCACCUCGGCCAGGGAACGCUCUUCUCAUACGUCACGGGCAAUGAGUACAAGGACAUCAUGGCCGCCUGGGACUGGAACCUGGUGCCCGGCACGACCACGCAGCUCAACACCCCCAAGCUCGCGGGCAGCAACGCCGGCAACAGCGGCAAGAAGGACUUUGUCGGCGUCGUAAGCGACGGCAAGGUGGGCACCUCGGUCGAGGACUACGUUGAUCCCCUGGACGCAAGCUUUUCGUACAGAAAGGCGUGGUUCUACUCGGACGACUCGGUCCUCGUCGUUACCUCGGACAUCAAGUCCAGCGGCAAGGCGCCCGUCAUUACCGUUCUGGACAAUCGCGCGGCUGCGGAGUCGAACAAGGUCUGGGUCAAUGACAAGGUGGUCGAUGCCAGCCACGGGCUCCAGACCAAGGGCAAGACGCUCUUCUACGGUGGCAACGGGUACGUGGCGUACGGUGACGACUUUGCCCUGACCUUGGCUCAGGGUGACCGCACCGGCAAUUGGACUGAGAUUUCGACGUCGACUGUCGGCGUAACGACCGUGCCGAUAUUCUCCGGGUACACGACCAUCACUAAAAGCUCCUUCUCGUACGCCGUGUUCCCGGCGACGAGCCGUAGCAAGCUGGCCAAGGAGGCACGAAAGCCCACGCUCACUCCCAUUCUGGGCACGGGGGUCAGCGGUGCAGCCGGAUCCAACAAGCUCAGCCUCGUCUUCUGGCCGGGCGGCGACAAGUCUAUCACGGUCGACCUCGCCAAGAUUGGCUGGGACAAAUCUGGUUCCAUCACCAUUACCUCGGACCAGCCGGGCGCGUACCUCUUCAAGCCCCUGUGCAACGCCAAGCACAAGAAGGCGAUGAAGCUGCGCGUCACCCUGUCGGAUCCGACGCAGAAGCUUACCUCUACGUCUUUCUCAAUUGCGGUGAAGCGCGGGACGGUGACGCCGUCAAAGGUGGAUGUCGAACUGCCGACGGGUGGCAUGGCUGGCUCGUCGACUUCGCGCGAUGUCGUGGUCAGGUUUUGA